AUGGCAAAAAAACAAGCACCGGCUGAUAUAAAGUCGCUGGAACAAUUGUUUCAAGGUUGGGCCAAAAGAUGCGUGAAGGAACAGGGAUCAGACAAUGAUGAAUUGUUAGACACUCCAGCUGCUCAUGAGGUCUUGCAACAGGAUUCUCAAUCGUUCUUUUUGGAUCUUAAUACCAAGGCAAUCCACUCCAAUCCUGUCUUUUUGGAUGGAGACAUUCGAAUUGAAACGAAAUCACCAAUUGAAAUUGCACUGGCCAAAUUGAUACAAGAUUUGGGUCCAGCCUUUUCGGCAAUUCAUCACGAAAGUCGAUACCGGGCAUUGCAUGUUUUGGUGGGAGCAAUUCAAGGUUGCAAGAAUAAUUCCUUUUCCAACACAGUGGCUCAACUGCUCGGAGGCUUUCUGUUGAAACAUUGUGGCCCGAUUGAUGACGAUGACUAUGGAGAGGAUUAUGACAGCAUGAUUCGCAAUACGGCGAUUCAUGGACUCGUCGCUCUUCUUCAAUUAUCCAGCUCCAGUAUUGCCAAUGAUGACGAAGUACAAAAGGCCGUUGAAAUUCGAUUGCAGUUUGCACAAGAAGGGAUCAAAUUGCGGUGUGCAGCUCCCGACUCGAUGGUAGUAGAUGACUACGGCAUGCCACCGGAGACCAAAGAUAUGCGCGAACAAUUAUCAUCACUGCCGCGGUCGAAGCGAUCGCUUUGUUUUGAAUUAAUUGAGAGUGCCAUAAAGGGAGUGGCCGGCAUUACGAACCAAAUCAGAUCAGACGCAUCCUUGUUGCAAGACAAAUCUGUUCUGCAACAAAAUUUGAUCACCUUUACUCGAUUGACUACCAGCUGUCUUCAUGGCGAGUCAGAUCCUCGUUGUCUGCAACAGCUAUUGACUAUAUUUCAUGAAAUGCAGCAAGCCUUCGAACCCUACUUUUUGGAAUCAAGCAAGGAAGACUUGGUAUUUCCCAGUGAGGAUCUCUUCGACGCCGUGGCUCCUUACUUCCCCAUACAAUUCACACCUCCACCGAAUAAUGUUUAUGGCAUUACUCGCGAUGGAUUGAAUUCUGCACUCCUUGCAGUGUUGUGCUACACAAAGAUGGACAAAAAUGCAAUAGCACACAAAAGAUUACCCAUGAUAAAUCUCACUGUUGGGCUCUUUCUGGAGCAACUGGUACCGCUGGAAGGUGAAGAGCCACCAAGCACGCUGGACAAGCUUGAAGGAACAGAGUGUCUUUCCAAAUUAUUAUUCCCAGAAACUGGUUCUGCGAUGGUCGAGCUAUUAGAUGCGCCCACUUUGAAGAGCUUGUGGAGUGAAAUCAAGCGAACUCACGACGAAUCUUCCAUGGACAUCUCCGCACCUGGAGUUGAAGGAGUGAAUAAUAAAAUCUUGGCAGACAACUGUCGAACACUGGUUUCUAGUUUGGCGUUGGCAUUGGAAAUGCUUUCGGACAAGUCUCUGUGGGAUGCCUUUGUAUCCGAGCCGCUCUUGAAGCAAAAGCGAAAGAUUGACAUGUCACCAUCCGCGUCAAGAUUAAACAUUGCAUACAUGGCGUGCUUGACAGCAUCGGGUGGACCUCGGACAUUGAGAUUUUGCCUCGGAGUUGGAUUGGAAUCAUUGCUUGACUUCCUGUCGGAGAACCUAGAAGACACCGAAGAUGCUGCGGCUGCUACUCAUGGAAUUGGAGCGUUCUUUUCAUCAUGCACGGUCGCAAUUAAUCGCGGACGCAAGGAAGGGGUGGUCUUCUAUCCACACCCACUGGAGCAAUACGCGAAAAAGGCUUCCAAAGUUCUUUUAGAUGCCGUAGAACACAAGGAGUUGUCCCCGGCAAUCAAGGUUGGAGCGACCAGAGCCCUGGAAUUUUUAGUUUUGGCGGUUUCUGAGGAGACUUUCAAGGACGAGCUUUUGACCCGACUGUGCUCGUUCAUUGAAACUAUGUCAGAAAGUGUCACGCAAAAAAGUCCAAGUGACGAAUCAGACUGGGUUGAUGCUUGUAGCUCGACGCUAGGGUCAAUUCUAGGGAAUGUGGUAGACCAGGAGACAAACGAUGCGUCGAAAACAGUUGUCUCGAGUCCAGCGAUUCAACAGUUGGUCAAAGAGGUUGUUACACCGAAACUCUUGGAGGCUGCAAAAUCCCUCCCCUUGGCAUCUAGUGCCAGCAAGAAAGCCAUCGCAAUGGCUUGCACACUAAGUGCAACGUACUCAUCACAAACGAUCACCGCCUUAUUGGAGGCUCUACAGAAAAGUCUUGAAGGUGGGGUUAUCGAUGAUUCGUGCAUUCAAUGCUGCGAUGCCUUAUCCUAUGUGCUACGAAACGGAGGUGAUUCUCCUGCUCGAGCGUACCAUGACAGCCCCGCGUCAUCGGCGAUACUGAAAUCAUUGGGUGGGGGAAGAAUGCGUUACUCCAAGAGUACAGAAAAAAUGGCAAACCUAAGUCUACCGACUGAAGAGAGCAAGGGCAAUGCGGAUUCAGCACGUACAAAGGUCCAACUGGUCCUUUCCUAUUUGCUCCCAGCAUACGAAAAUAAUGUUCCCGUAAUGACACUUGUGCAGCUCAACCGCGAUGUGGCAGACGUCCUGCCCCCAAUGUCGGAAGCGGAUAAGAGGACUUUGUCAAUUACGCUUCCGAUCCUUGGAAGUGCCUUGGGCGCGAUAAAUGAACUCCCUUCAAUUGAAGACGGCGACAUGGACACCGACCGAUCUUCAUUGCAAGAAGUAUGCAUCGGAAUGCUCCCAGGACUAACGGAGCUCGUUAUGACUGAAGGUAAUGAUGUCGAAACCAGAUCAUCUGCUGCUUAUUGUAUGCAUACAAUGCUCUCGCUUGGCAAUCUUGGUAUGAAGGAAUGUCCAGUAAAGCCUGUGGUGGACGACCUAGUGAAGCGAUUCACCUCAGCAAAGUUUGAUCAACACGCCUAUACGGAUUGGCUCAACUUUCUUUCAUUAAUGGCUUCUUCUUCUGCAAGACGUGGUGGCUCAUCAAGCAACACAGCGGGGAAAAUCGCACAGUUCUUAGUAGAAUUUGCGGUCGUGGGGAAGGCACAAUUGCCUUUCACCUCGGGUGCAGAGAAUAAAUUGGAUUUGUCUUCGUUUGUUGAUGAAAAGGUUGCUUCCAAAUUGCGUGUUGUUUCGGCUUCAGCAUACGGUUCAAUACUGGCACUAGAUGUCAAACCACUGAUGAAGCAAAGGUUGACACAUGUAUGUCUAAGAUAUAUCAAGGAAGCAUACGAAGAAGAGAAAAGCCAGGCUCAAAUUGGAAACAGUAUUCCCCCACCAAGUGUCAGCCUCAUGGUUUUGAUUUGUCACUUGAUAUGUAACGUUGAUCUAUCAAAGAUGGGCAAGAUGACUUUACAUCAAACGGCAGCCAUGGCAGUGGAAGGUCUUUCAUCUUCGGAACUCUUUGACCCGAGUACCGCAUUUGACCCAAUGACGACAACGUCGAAGAAUCUUGUCUUGGUUGCGAUAUUGAAAUUGGUAUCAGCUGCUCCUCAUUCGUUGCCGGCGGAUGGUUUCUUGCUGACACUAGUUACAGGGUUGCUUCAAGCAUAUGCUGUUUCCGAUCCAUCGUCAGAGGUAUCGACGAAGUUACUCGCACUACAAGGUCUAGCAGCACUGGCCAAUUUAGAAGGGGCAAGGAAAGCAGUUGCCACGAUUCAGCCAGCGGUUGUCUCUGUGCUUGGACCUGCUAUCAACCACCCCUCUGGUAUGCUGAGGCAAGCUGCUGUUGAAGUGCGAAACGCUUGGUACUUGGUAGAGCAAAGUAGUAGAUAA